AUGGCGAAACAUGCGGCUCCAGACGCUGAAGAAGCACGACUGGAGCGUGAGCUUCAGCAAGAUGCUAAGAAAGCAGAAGCAUCAUCUGAAAAGCUGCCAGAUCGUAAGCCGUUCACGGCGUUGGACUUGACGCCUGCAACAUCUAAAGCACUCGACGCGAUGGGAUUCAAAACCAUGACGGAAGUCCAAGAGCGAUGCAUUCCCCCUUUGCUGGCUGGUAAAGAUGUGCUAGGUGCUGCGCAGACAGGUAGUGGUAAGACACUUGCCUUUUUGAUCCCUGCUAUUGAGAUGCUGCAGCGACUCAAGUUCAAGCCCCGCAACGGCACGGGCGCCAUAGUAAUCUCUCCCACUCGAGAGCUAGCACUCCAGAUCUUUGGCGUUGCGAAAGAGCUUAUGGCACAUCAAAGCCAAACGUUAGGAAUCAUCAUGGGUGGGGCGAACCGCAAAGCUGAAGCUGACAAGCUUCAGAAAGGUGUGAAUCUGAUUAUUGCUACGCCUGGCCGUCUUCUGGACCACUUGCAAAACACGAAAGGUUUCGUGUUUACAAAUUUAAAGACUCUCAUUAUUGAUGAAGCUGACCGAAUCCUCGAGAUUGGAUUUGAAGACGAAAUGCGUCAAAUUGUCAAGAUCCUGCCACAGGAACACCGGCAGACCAUGUUGUUUUCAGCGACACAAACGACGAAAGUUCAGGAUUUGGCGCGUAUCUCAUUGCGACCAGGGCCGCUCUACAUCAAUGUACAUGAACAGAUGGCAGCAUCAACCGUGUCGAAGCUGGAGCAAGGUUACGUUGUGUGCGACAGCGACAAGCGCUUCCUGCUCCUAUUCACUUUCCUUAAGCGCAAUGCCGGCAAGAAGAUCAUCGUGUUUAUGAACAGUUGCAACAGUGUUAAAUUUCACGGCGAGCUGCUGAACUACAUCGAUGUACCCGUACUGGAUCUCCAUGGAAAGCAGAAGCAGCAGAAGCGUAGCAACACAUUUUUCGAGUUCUGCAACGCCGAGAGUGGCACGCUUCUGUGCACCGACGUAGCGGCGCGUGGUCUGGACAUUCCGGCCGUGGACUGGAUCAUCCAGUAUGACCCGCCGGACGAUCCGCGUGACUACAUCCAUCGUGUAGGUCGAACCGCGCGUGGUGGAAAACAUGGCCGUUCGCUCCUCUUUCUUCUGCCAAGUGAGCUCGGGUUCUUGCGGUUUCUCAAAGUGGCGAAAGUGCCGCUGAACGAGUACACGUUCCCACCCAACAAGAUUGCAAAUGUACAAAACCAGCUCGAGAAGCUGAUUUCGAAGAACUAUUAUCUGCAUCAAUCUGCGAAAGAGGGCUAUCGGUCGUACAUUCAGGCAUAUGGCUCGUAUUCAUUGAAGAGAAUCUACGAUAUCCAUCAGCUAGACCUUGCGAAAGUUGCCAAGGCUUUUGGCUUUGCUGUGCCGCCAAAAGUGAAUGUAACGAUCGGCACAGGCUUGAAAGUGAAAAAGGACCGUGAGCACAAUCAUCCGGACGAUGAAGACAACGAUGAGCGGCGUGGCAAGCGGCAACGAGUGGAUCGCCGCUCUUAUGGUGCGCGCGAUGAAAAGGCAGCAAGAUACCGGAACCAAACACCUGCAAGUGCCAACGGUACCCAAUGGAGUCGAUAG